AUGUCCGACAUAACGGACAUAAUCAAAAGAACAAUAUACCUAAGAUACAAGUUUGGAGGAGGGUUCGAAAAUGAUCUCGAAGCGAGGAAAGAUCCUGUUAAUGCCCAUCUUUACCGCAGAUGGGGAUACCCUAUUUACCGCACAUAUUACGGUCCAGGUUAUAACGAAAGCUGGAGCACCCUUCUGGAGUUGUUGAAGCAGCAAACACUGCUGGAACUCGAAUCAUUGGAGGGCAAAGACCAGGAUGACGUAUAG